UCUGAAGAUUUCGUUAUCAUGUCAAAGAUUAUCUUUAUUGCUCUCCUUCGAAUAUUUUCAACAUUUGAAGGGAAAUGUAGAAGUCCAAAUGGUGUUUUGCAAUGCUGCGCAGAUCACGUAUGGAAUAAUGAAACCAAGCAAUGUAUCGAGUGUUCGCUGGGUUAUCACGGGGAGAAUUGCCAAAUGACCUGUCCUUAUCCAAGUUUUGGCCGGUUAUGUCAGUCCGAGUGUAAAUGUGACAAUGCCUUGUGCGAUGUUGCCAUUGGUUGUACCCCGAGUCAUUGCGAGACUGGCUACUUUGGUAAACUGUGUCAACACCUUUGUCCAUAUCCCAGCUUUGGAAGACAGUGUAACGAAAGUUGUCUGUGUGACAAAGACGCUUGUAAUCCCAUCAAUGGCUGCUCUGCAAAUACCAAACACGACAACCAGCAUGACGAACAGCUGCAACUGAUAUUGACAGGCAUAUGUUUAAGUGUUGCAAUGGUUGUAUUGUGUGUAAUUCUGGGCCUCUAUACAUGGAAGGUCCUCACAAAAGAUAGUUACCAGUCUGGCCAAGAGACGACCGCGGAAGAAACUUUGUAAAUAUGGAAAAAAUAUUUGAUGUGUAAGACUACAGAAGUACAAGACCUCUCGCAUAAUUCGAAAUCACAGACAAUUUAUGAUAAUUGUUAUUGAACAUUCUGACAAUAUGGUAUAGGACAGUGUUUUCUGGAUAGACAUUUAGGCAUUCUUGUUUAUUAUUUAGCUUGAAGUGUGAAAUUAUAUUGCAUAGGGGAAAGGAUGAAACAUUAUAACACCAACAAAAUGUACAUGUAGAAUUUCUUAAUUAUAUGCAACUCUGAAGCACAUAUCAGCUGUAAGCAGAAGUUCAUAGUGCGGCGUGUUUCUGUGGUGUGUUGUACAUGUAGGACUAUGGUUUUUACAUAUCUACCGCGAUGUAUAAUUCAAAUGAAAAGUGGAAAAAACGAACAGAGAUCAAGUGAUGAUAAAUAAUAGUAAUCAGUCUCAUAUGAUAAAUCCUA